AUGGAAAUUCGAGCAACAACUGGCCGUGCUGUUCGCGAGAUGUCCGAAGGAAUGUAUUAUUUUUCGAACGAUAAGCGAUCACUGAUGAUGGGAGUAAGAUUAAAUGAGCCUACCGAGACCGAUAUCCAUAAGCUAGGCUGGUUACGGAAAGAUGGAAGCUCGUGGUUUAUCAGAAAUGGAAUUAUUAAAAUCACUGAUUCCCAGCACGUAACAGUGGAGAAUUGCAAAGAGCAGCGUUAUUUGACGCGAUACAAUGCCGAAUACUUUGUGAUGCACGGGGAUCGGAUCUCAGAAUUGGAUCUCGGAUAUCGGGUAGAGGAACAAAAUUGGAUCGAACGAGCUGAAAUCUCAAGCGACGAUCGGGUGAUUCGAGUGGUUCAUGCUGAAGGUACCGUAAUACACGUCAGUAUCAGCAGCGGUACCAGGCCUUUAAUUGUUCGCCACGCAUCACAUCUUCUGACAUUCAACGGAACAAUUCGCAUGGAUGAGCAGUCCAAUCGGUUCCUCAAUUUAACUAUUUUGGGCGGUAAAGGUACCUUGAUAGGCUACGUUCAUCGAUCGGAGGAUAAAUCGGGCACUGACUGGAGUUUCAGUGUGGAGAUUGGCACAGCAACAAGGACGAGGUUUAUCGCAACAGUAGGGGGAAUUCCUCCAGGGAUAACCUCCGAUCGUUACGUCUGCUUGCAACCAGCCGGUGAUGCUAAUGCAGAACAAUGUAAAUGGUUGAAGUACGAGGCAUCACCACUGCGUGAGCGGCAUGUGGCGCAUCGCUGGCAAGCUGGAAUCGGUGACUGUCCGGGCUGUAAUGAGCGAGGAUUCGAGAAUUUUUUGCAGAAGCUUGACCCACGUCAGUGGCUUGAUGGUCUGAAUUCAACAACGGAAGUGGUGACCUGCGCACUCGAAAUAGCCCUCAUUGUGCUCAGUCUUUUAGUAACAUUGAUGAUAUGUACCAAAUGUAUUAUACCGCUGGCCAGGUGGACCAUCUGCUCCAGUAGCAGUAAACAGUAUAAGAAAUAG